AUGAAGAACAAUAUGAAAACAUUAGCAAUCCUCGCUACUAUUGCUCUAGUGAGGGCAGAAUUCAGUUGUCCGUCCAAAAGCGGCCAGUAUCCAGAUGAGAAGCAGUGCGAUAAAUUCUGGGACUGCAAAGAUGGCAAGGCCGCCGAUAAUUUGUGUCCAGAUGGCUUGGUAUACGAUCCAACACAGACAAGAAGCAUACACAAGUGUGAUUACCCGUUCGACGUGGAAUGCGGCAACAGGACCUUGUUACAGUCAGCACAACCUUCCGCCAAGUGUCCUCGACGGAACGGCUUAUUCGCUCACCCUGAUCCAACUGUUUGCGACAUUUACUACGACUGUGUAGACGGCGUCGCCAAGGAAAUCAAGUGCACAGAUGGAGCGCAACUUGAUGAACAACCACCUGUGUGCAAGUGGUCGUACUUGCUCGCCAAAGAAGCUUGCAAGGUCUCGACACACAGCUUUGUGUGUCCGAAAGUUAAACAAAGCGAUCAAACCAUCAUGCAUCCCGUAUACCCACACCUGAGUGACUGCCAAAAGUUUUACGUCUGCUUUAACGGGUUCGAACCGAGAGAAUUAAGCUGCCCGUUUGGUGAGGUUUACAACGAUGCUAAUCAAAAAUGCGAUAGUCCAGUGAACGUGCCUGGUUGUGAAGAUUGGUAUGCGAAACCAGAUGAGUUUGAAGACACAACCGAAGACGUUCAAUUAGAA